GAGUUGAUAAACAGAGGCUGCACAUGCAUGGAGAGUAAAGGGAGGAGAUGAGGAGAAGGAGGAGGACAUUACACUAGAGCAGGGCGGCGCUUUGUGCUCCUGCGGGAUCCUUCCUGCACCCCAGAGAGAGCGAAAGUUCAGAGCAAGAAGCAGAAGUGCAUUAAAUAAACUCUACUGCGAGUGUUAAACACAUUCAGCAGAAACAUUCGCAGGAAUCUGUCUGUCCUGAGGCGCGGACACAUCUGUCUCCAGCGCGCGCCUGGAUGCGGUUAGUUCUGUGGAAAUACUUUCUUACUCAAGAAUAUAUGGAUGAAGCACGAAGCGGAAGGUAAUCCUUGAGGAAAGUUGUGUGAUUUAAAGAUGCGCUGGGUUUGUUCCUGCGCGCUGCUGCUGCUGCUGCUGCUGGAUAAUGCCGUGUCCGUGCCUGCGUGGAGAAAACCCACGGUGGCUAGUGUUCAUUUGAAUAAACCGUGUGUGCAGACGGAAGCGAGAUCUCACCGAGGUCCGGCCCGAUACAAGCGCUAUGCCAUCAACCCACUGGGAUACAAGUGGGAGCAUUUCAACGUCACCUACAAGAUCACAAAGUUCCCCAACACACUGAAUAAAGAUGAUACCCGCAAAGCUAUCAGCAUUGCCUUCACCAAAUGGAGCGAUGUUUCUCCUCUGACUUUCACUGAAAUCACCAACCCCAACAAAAGUGCUGACAUCACUAUAGGCUUCUACACGUACAAUCACACAGAUUGCUGGUGGUCUCCACUGCACCCGUGUUUUGACGGGCUGAACGGUGAGCUGGCCCACGCCUUCCUCCCCCCACGUGGAGAGAUUCACUUUGACAACCAUGAAUUCUGGAUUCUGGGCAAAUCCCGCUUCAGCUGGAAACAAGGUGUGUGGCUGAAUGACCUGGUUCAGGUAGCUGCUCAUGAAAUCGGUCACGCUUUAGGCCUCUGGCAUUCACGGGACCCUAAUGCAUUAAUGCACCCCAAUGCAACAUACACGGGUCAGAGGAACAUCGCUCAAGAUGAUAUCUGGGGCAUCCAGCGCCUUUACGGAUGCAUGGACAAGAAGCGUGUGUGUGAUCCUUGGGCCCGCUUGGGUUUCUGUGAGAGGAGGCGGAGCUUCAUGAAGAAAAACUGCCCGCAGCGCUGCGACCUGUGCUACGAGCCUCUGGAUGCUGUGUCUACACCGACACCUCCUCCUGAAAAUGUGAAGAUCAAAAUUGUGCCUCGUGGAAAAGUUGUGGGCUUCCGCUGUGGGACAAAAAAUACCAGAGUGCCUCCAAAAGUCAGCUGGUAUAAGGACGGCGAGCAGUUGCUGACAUCCAUUCCUGGCUAUAUUGUAAUUAAAGAUCGGGACCUGCGGCUCGUGGCCAACGAAUUCAACGAAGGCACGUACACCUGCUGCAUCCAUCGGCGCGGUACUGUUGUCUCUGCCAACUCGUGGGCCAUCCGGCUGAAGCCAGAGCAGUCGUCCAACAACAGCUGAUGGAGCGAUGCUGAUGUACUGAUCACAUGCUCUACCUCCAGGGCUCCAGAGCACUCAGACCAGCUCUCCUCCGCUGCAGCGCACACAGCUCUGCUUGCUGCUCAGAGUCACGAUGGACGACCUGAACAAGCUGAGAUCCAAAACAAUAUUUGGAAGGACCACCAAUUAGAUGUUCUUUUGUACUUCUGCUGCAGUGAUGACAAAGGUGCUUUUUUAUUAUAAGGUAAACGCCACUUCUGAGGCAUAAUAUUUAGUUUCAAAGAUGCUUGAAAAAUCUCUGAAGGUAAAAAAAAAAAAAAAAAAGGAAUUAGACGUUUGCAAAGGAACAGUUUCAUACUCAGCGGUGCAUGUGAGGUCCCCAGUUUUACAGUAGCCUUGAUUUUAGUGUUUGGGCCGUUCACACCGUGGACUAUAACAAUAACUAUGAAGUGUUAAUAAUCAUUCUAAUUCUUUAGAGAAGUCCACACCACAACUAUAACAAUAACAACUGAGGUAAAAAUUCAAGCAAGUUUGUUUAGCGCUUUUUAAAAAUACAGAUUGUUUUAAAUCAGCUUUACAGAAAAAUUGUGAUGUUAAUGUUUAUGACAACUUAUAUUCACUCCUUAUAGUUGCAUUUAGCAGAUUACAGCUGGGCGAUAAUAUAGUGGCAUUUUACAAUGAAAUAAGAAUAUCAAGCAGUUGAUAUUUGCUAUGUAGUAUAUAUAGAGAUAUACUAUAAAGCAAAUCUCAACUGCUUGAUAUUUGUAUGUAUGUAUGUGGAUAAAGUUGGAUAUGACAAUUUAUGACUUCAUACACAGGAACAAUAUCAUUCGAAUAAUUUUCAGAAUUUUACAGAAUUACCGAAUUUUUUUUACAGCUGAUGAAUCAUAAAAACAUCGAAAGCCAGUCAGAAUCCAACCACUCGCAGCUUAAAGGGAUAG